AUAUCCUGCACCGCGAUUCAGGCGAUUACAGCUGAACUCUACAUCCAGCUGUCAGUACACUGUUGUCUCUCUUCCAACGUGGCACCAUCUAGCUAGGGAUCAUAUUUAUUACGUGCUUCGACACGUCACCAUCAUCCCAACCAAAAGUAAAUUUUAUGAAAAAUUAAUCCAGAAAUAGAAAAUAUAGGGAAACCCGAACCUCGGAUUUAUUUCUGCCACGUAGGCUCGGACAUCCGUUUGUCAUUCAGAACCUCCCCUAAAUAAUUUAUUACUGUAAUUCAUUUACACAAGAUACAGGGCUGCAGCCAUUUUUUCCACCUUCUCCAAGAAGUUACACAAACCCAAAUUUCCACUGAUAGUAUAAUUUCUUUCUCUCUCUCUAUCUUGAGUUUCUUUCAUGUGAAGCCACUCUUUUCUUUUUCAUCAACUACUGUGUCUGUAUACACUUCUCUGCAACUUUUGAUGCUGUCACGGAAAAGCACUUUCGCCACUCCUUUAUAACCUACCGUCUCCUGCUUUGUGCUGGAGCGGCGCAAAUUCAUUAUCCAACUCCCGGAAAAUGAAGCAUUUCUCCACGAAUUCCUGCGCUUACGGCUUCGUAUUGCUGCUAUCCCAUAUGAUCGCGGCGGCGCAUUCCAUGCUCCACCCCGUCGAUUUCCUCGCGCUGCAAUCCAUUCGGAAGAGCUUGAAUGAUUUGCACGGCUCCAACUACUUCGCCUCUUGGGAUUUCACAUCCGACCCCUGCAAUUUCGCCGGCGUUUACUGCGACGGAGAUAGAGUGAUCGCCCUUAACCUCGGCGAUCCCCGGGCCGGAUCCCCCGGUCUCACGGGUCGGGUCGACCCUGCUAUCGGCAAGCUCUCCGCCCUAGCCGAGUUCACCAUCGUUCCGGGUCGGGUCUUCGGGGCACUACCUCACACUCUCUCCCAGCUUAAAAACUUGCGUUUUUUAGCAAUCAGCCGGAAUUUUAUCUCCGGUGAAAUCCCGGCAGGUUUGGGGCAGCUCCGCGCGCUACAGACCCUUGAUUUGAGUUUCAACCAGCUCAGCGGAAGCAUCCCUUUCUCCGUCGGAGCUUUGCCAUCGCUGUCCAACGUCAUUCUCUGCCACAACCGGCUCGGCGGUUCGGUUCCGCGGUUCACUUCUCGAGCCCUAACCCGGCUGGAUUUGAAGCAUAACGAUCUCUCCGGGUCCCUGUCGCCGGCCGGACUGCCGCCCUCUCUCCAGUACCUGUCAUUGUCGUGGAACCGGAUGAGCGGCCCAGUGGACCGGGCUUUAUACGGGUUGAACCGUUUGAGCUAUGUAGACCUGAGCUCGAACCGGUUCACCGGGUGCAUCCCGGGUCACGUAUUCAGUUUCCCGAUCAGCAAUCUCCAACUCCAGAGAAACGACUUCUCCGGUCCGGUCCAGCCUCUGGAUCAAGUGAGAAUCCCGACCGUCGAUCUCAGCUUCAACCGGCUCUCCGGCGGAAUAUCACCGCUUCUCUCAACGGUUCAGAGCCUGUAUCUGAACAAUAACCGGUUGACGGGUGAGGUGCCGGUCAGCUUCGUGGAGCGGCUUUUAUCGGGCAGUAUAGAAAUUCUUUAUUUACAGCAUAAUUAUCUGACCGGGAUCAGGAUUAAUCCAAGGGUGGAGAUUCCGCUGAGCACCUCUCUAUGCCUACAGUACAACUGCAUGGUCCUGCCCGUACAGACGCCUUGCCCGUUCAAGGCUGGCAGGCAGAAAACUAGACCCACCUCCCAAUGCAUUCAAUGGAAAGGGUAACAGUAACAUGGGGAUUCCACUUUUUUUGUUAUUCCGGAGAAGAAGAAGAAGAAUAAUUUUGUGGGAAUAACAGGAUUAUUAUUCUUUGAUUAUUUUUGGGGAUUACUAAUUACUAUUGGUGACGCUAAGCUUAUUUGUAAUUAAAACACUUAUUAAUACUUAUAUAGCUUUAUUUCAUUUUCUUAUUGAAUAUACUAUUGCUUUGCCCCUCAAA